AUUUUGUUUAAACUUGUUCGGGAAAUAGUGAUUGUAUUAUGGGUCGCUUGACACUUGAAGCGAAGGAAUUCAGUUUGAACGGGUGAAAAAAAAAAACCAGGAAGUUAAACAGAGGAGGAAACGCUGCGGUGGAGCAUCAGACUUAAAAACUUUCAAAAACAGCGUUAACUAAAAACACAGUUAAUUCAUCUGAUUGUGGUCAAAGGGCAUAGUUUGCAACAAGAUGGACAUCGAUCCGGAGCGAGGAGGAGGAGCGGCGGCGGCGGAGCCACAGGACAAGGUGAAGAGCUUGAGGGAUCAAGUAGAUGGAGUGAAAGACAUCAUGACGCAGAACGUAGACCGGAUCCUGGCUCGAGGAGAGAGACUCGAUGACCUCAUGGGCAAAUCAGAGGACCUGCAAGCAGGGGCUCAGCACUUCAAGCAGACGUCUCAGAAAGUGGCUCGCACCUACUGGUGGAAGAACGUCAAGAUGAUAGUGGUCAUCGUGGUGAUCGUCCUCAUCAUCGUGCUCAUCAUCAUCCUGCUGGCCACCGGAGUCAUCCCUGUCAGCUCCUCUACGCCUCCUACGCCUCCUGUAGUUCCUCCCACUAAGCCAUAAGAGAUACACACACACCCAAUGUAUAUACAAUCAUAAACAAACCCAUUCUUAUUGCACAUUAUACAAAGUAAUAUAUAGACUAAAGCAAAUUACUGCUGUCUGGUGAAACCUUUAUUACUUCUAAGUUAGUUUCCACUGGUUAACGUCAUGCUUUUAUUAGAAUUCGACGACUUCCUGCUUUUGGUUUAAGGAACUUGAUUGGCCUAUGUGCCUUUUAAGACCCUUAAACACCAUUUAAGCUUAGCUUUUUUUUCAAAAUGUUGUGAGAAAUUAAACAAAAGUGUCUGGAAGGUCUUAGGACUGUCCCUGUUCUCAGAGGAUGCGUCAUAUCACAACGUCAUUUCCUCUUGUGUAACCGUUUCAUCACCCGUGGCUUUUUCAACCCCGGCAAAGAGGGAGUCGCAGUAAUUUUCGUAGAUGAAAAUAAUGAAAGUGGAUUUCUCCAGUCUCUUUACUAGACAUUAUGUUUGUCUUGAAUGUUCUCACUUAGGUGCACCUUUUACAGAAGGCAGGUUGGCUGGUUUAAAAGCUG